AUGACUAUUUGCACCCUAACGCCUCGAUUACGAGCAGCAGCGCAACUGGCAAUAGCACUCAAAUCCCCGGAACUGGAUGAAGAAACUACGACAGAGCUCCAAACAUGCGUGAAUUCAGAUUGGGAAACUCCUCAAACAAUAUCUCAUACUCUGGUCGCACAUAUUGCUAGGAUUAUAAGAGAGCAUGCUACUGAGAAUGGAUUGGAUGAAGACUUGUAUGAGCUACGUGAAUUGCUACGAGGCAGCACGCUAGUGCAUGAAGCUCCCAAACAACGAGAAAAGUCUCCCGAGUUACAAGCUAUACUAGAACGAGCUCGAAUUGAUCAAGAAAACAAAGAAUAUGCAAGAAUGGUAUCAGGAGUGAGUUCAAGCAACGACGCAAUCAAUGGAACAGCUCCAGCUUCAAUAGGGAGAGAACUCAAGGCUGCUUCCCAAUUAUCGCUCGCCGCAUUCAACGUUGUCUUGUCUCUUGUCGCUGUCUUUGCUGCCGUGUAUUACUUUGGGGAUGCUGUGUCGAAUGAUGCCUCAAUGAAAACUCUAAUGGGUCUAGCAGGUGUUUUGAUCGUUGCUAUUGCCGAAGGUUGGUUCUUCAUGAGAGAUUGGUUGGUCGUGCAUGAGAAGCCAACAAUGACUACUUCGAAAUCGAAUGGACAUGUCACCAAUGGACAAACCAAGAUGGCAAAAGAAGAAUAA